AUGGCCCGUGGAAGAGGAACCGCGAGGAAGAAGCAGUCUGCAAAGGACAAGGAGCUGGCCAAGAAGCCCCAGGCAGGCCCCAAGUCCAUGGUAAUUCGCAUUGGCGCUCAAGAAGUUGGAAAGUCGGUCAGCGACCUGGUCAAUGAUGUUAGGCAUUGCCUUGAACCAGACACAGCUAUCCGCCUCAAAGAGCGACGGGCGAACAAGCUCAAGGACUACCUGGUCAUGUGCGGACCGCUUGGAGUCUCACAUUUGCUUCUAUUUUCUCGCUCAGAAUCUGGAAACACAAAUCUUCGCCUCUGUCGAACGCCGCGCGGUCCGACUCUCCAUUUCCGAGUAGAGAACUACAGUCUCUGCAAAGACAUUAUCCAUUCGAUGAGACGCCCGCGAGCUGGGGCUCAAGACUACCUCAGGGAAAGUAUGGGCGAAAAGGCACCGCCGAAGCAUCUGGAGAAGCUCGUGACAGACAUGUUCCAGGGCCUCUUCCCUCCUAUCCAACCCCACACCACACCCCUCCAUUCGAUCAAGCGCGUGCUCCUCCUCAACCGCGAACCUCCUUCAGACGACACAGGCUCCGUCACAAUAAGCCUAAGACACUAUGCUAUCACUACAAAGGUCACAGGCGUGCCCAAGGCGAUCCGAAGGCUAUACGCGGCAGAGAAGUUGAUAGGCAGCAAGGAAAAGAAGAAGAGCGCACUACCUAAUCUUGGAAAGCUAGAGGACGUCGCAGACUAUAUGCUGGAUCCCUCAGCGGCAGGAUAUACAUCCGCCUCCGACACGGAACAGGAUACGGACGCCGAGGUGGAAGUCACAGCACCCGUACGGCAAAAGGUCCUGUCGCGUCGCGAAAAGGAGAAGCUCAAGGCUGGCGACGAGACGUCUCACGCACGAGCUCGCGGCUCCAAGCCCCGUGUCGAGAAGCGCGCCGUCAAACUCGUCGAGCUCGGCCCUCGCAUGAAGCUUCGCCUCACAAAGGUCGAGGAGGAUGUGUGUGGCGGUAGGAUCCUGUGGCAUGAGUUCAUCACAAAGACCAAGGCAGAACAACAGGAACUAGAGAAGAAGUGGGCACAGAGGAACAAGGAGAAGGAGGAGAGGCGGCGCAUACAAAAGGAGAAUGUGGAAAAGAAGAGGAAAGAAAAGGCUGCUGCAAGGGGCGAGAACCCAGAAGAGGGCGAAGGAGACGAUGAUGAGGACGAGGAGAUGGAUGAUCUGGACGAUUAUGAUAUGGAUGAUGAUGUCUGGCAGGACGCGGCAGAUGCUGGUGAAGAUGGCGAAGACGAGGAAAUGGAGGAGUGA